UUCCCGGCUCUUCCUGGCGCCAGGCCCGGGGCCGAGUGUCCGCCCGCGGGCUGCGGAGCGGGCGGGCGGGGUAGCUCAGGGGCGUCUGUGGGACGCGAAGCUCGGGAUGCCGGGGGAGGAGGAGCGAGCCUUCCGGGCUGCCCGCGAGGAGUUGGCGAGCGCCCUGAGGAGGGAUUCCGGGCAGGUGUUUGCCCUGGAGCAGCUCCGGCCACUAUUAGCCACCUCUGUGCCUCCAGCCGUCCGCUACGUGCAGCUGGACGCUUCACGCCUGGUCCGCUGCAACGCUUACGGGGAGCCCCGAAACUACCUCAGUACUUUGUCCACGGCCCUGAACAUCUUGGAGAAAUAUGGUCGCAACCUUCUCAGCCCUCAGCGACCUCGGUACUGGCGCGCGGUGAAGUUCAAUAACCCGGUCUUUCGCAGCACGGUGGAUGCUGUGCAGGGGGGCCGCGAUGUGCUGCGAUUGUAUGGCUAUACCGAGGAGUUGCCAGAUGGAUUAAGUUUCCCGGAAGGGCAAGAGGAGCCAGACGAGCAUCAAGUUGCCACAGUCACACUGGAAGUACUACUGCUUCGGAUGGAGCUCAGCCUGCUGUUGGAGAAUGCUCAUCCAAGACAGAAUGCACUGGAGCAGCUGCUAGAAGACAAAGUUGAAGAUGAUGUGCUGCAGCUUUCAGAAUUUCAUCCCUUACUGAGAGAGAUUACUGUUGGCCCUCUCACUACGCCUUCUGCCCCAGGCUCCACCCCUGGUCCUUGCUUUCUCUGUGGUUCUGCCCCAGGUACACUGCACUGUCCAUCCUGUAAUCAUGCUUCUUGCCCAACCUGUGACCUUUUGUUCCAUGGACACCCAUCCCGUGCUCAUCACCUCCGCCAGACCCUGUCUGGGGCCCUCCAGACCACCCAGCUGAGCCCCAGUUUACCUGCCUCAUCCCAACCACGACCUCACUCAACCUCCCUGAUGGCCCUGGGAGAUGGCUCUCUAUCUUCCCCUGAUCCUUCAAGCACUUGUCUGCCCUGGCACUGUGCUGCCUGUGCUGUGCUAAAUGAGCCUUCAGCAGUGCUCUGUGUGGCCUGUAACUGGCGCAGAAGCUGUAAGGUGCUGGUUAUAGAAGGUUCCCAAGAAACUGGAGACCUAAAACCUGAGCUUGCACGGGCUCAGUGGGCCUGCCAGAGCUGUACCUUUGAGAAUGAAGCAGCAGCUGUACUGUGUGCCAUAUGUGAGCGACCUCGGCUGGCCCAGCCUCCCAGCUUGGUGGUGGAUUCCCAUGAUGCUGAAGCCAGCAAUUGCUCGCAGCCCCUUAAGCAGGGGGAUACUUUACUCUCCUCUGCCCAGGCUCAAGUCUGGCACUGUGUUCACUGUACCUUCUGCAACUCGGGUCCUGGCUCUGUAUGUGCUAUAUGCAACCGGACCAACAGUCCAAUCCCAGUACAGCAUGCUCCUCAGCUCCAUGCCAGCUCUUUGGAAAAGGGUCUCCUAAAGCCUGAUGCCCCACGUAUCAGUGCCCCUCUGACUAGUUCCUGUGGAGACACUGAGAAACAGCGCCAAGACAAGAUGCGGGAUGAAGGUCUCCAGCUAGUGAGCAUGAUCCGGGAAGGGGAAGCUGCAUGUGCCUGUCCAGAGGAGAUCUUCUCGGCUUUACAGUACUCGGGCACUGAGGUGCCCCUACAGUGGUUGCGCUCAGAGCUGCCCUACGUCCUAGAGAUGGUGGCUGAGCUAGCUGGACAACGAGACCCAGAACUGGGUGCCUUUUCAUGUCAAGAAGCCCGGAAAGCCUGGUUGGAUCGCCAUGGUAACCUUGAUGAAGCUGUAGAGGAAUGUGUGAGAACCAGGAGGAGGAAGGUGCAGGAACUCCAGACCCUGGGCUUUGGACCUGAGGAAGGAUCUCUUCAGGCAUUGUUCCAGCAUGGAGGUGAUGUUGCACGGGCCUUGACUGAGCUUCAGCGCCAGCGCCUAGAGCCCUUCCAUCAGCGCCUCUGGGACCGAGGACCUGAGCCCAUCCCCUCCUGGAAUGAGCUGGAUAAGCAGAGCUUGGUUAGAAGGCUUUUGGCAGUCUACACACUACCCAGCUGGGGCCGGGCAGAGCUGGCACUGUCACUGCUUCAGGAGACACCCAGGAACUAUGAGCUGAUGGAUGUGAUAGAAGCUGUGAGGCACAGCCACGACCGGGCCUUCUUGCGCCGCUUGCUUGCCCAGGAAUGUGCUGUAUGUAGUUGGGCCCUGCCCCGCAACCGGAUGCAGGCCCUGAUUUCCUGUGAGUGUACCAUCUGUCCUGACUGCUUCCGUCAGCACUUCACCAUUGCCCUGAAGGAAAAGCACAUUACAGACAUGGUAUGCCCUGCCUGUGGCCGCCCUGACCUCACUGAUGACACACAGUUACUCAGCUACUUCUCCACCCUUGAUAUCCAGCUCCGGGAGAGCCUAGACCCAGAUGCCUAUGCACUGUUUCAUAAAAAGCUGACUGAAGAUGUGCUCAUGCGGGAUCCCAAAUUCCUGUGGUGCGCCCAGUGCUCCUUUGGCUUCAUAUAUGAGCGUGAGCAGUUGGAGGCAACUUGUCCCCAGUGUCAUCAGACCUUCUGUGUACGCUGCAAGCGCCAGUGGGAGGAGCAACACCGAGGUCGAAGCUGUGAGGAUUUCCAGAACUGGAAACAUACCAAUGACCCAGAAUACCAGGCCCAGGGCCUGGCAAUGUAUCUUCAAGAAAAUGGCAUUGACUGUCCCAAGUGCAAGUUUUCAUAUGCACUGGCCCGAGGAGGAUGCAUGCACUUUCAUUGUACCCAGUGCCGCCACCAGUUCUGCAGUGGCUGUUACAAUGCCUUUUAUGCCAAGAAUAAAUGUCCAGACCCUAACUGCAGGGUGAAAAAGUCCCUACAUGGCCACCACCCUAGAGACUGCCUCUUCUACCUGCGGGAUUGGACUGCUGCCCGGCUCCAAAAGCUGCUACAGGACAAUAACAUCAUGUUUAAUACAGAACCUCCAGCUGGAGCCCGAGCAGUGCCCGGAGGUGGCUGCCGAGUGAUGGAGCAGAAGGAGGUUCCCAAUGGACUCAAGGAUGAAGCUUGUGGCAAGGAAACUCCACCUGGCUAUGCUGGCCUUUGCCAGGCACACUACAAAGAAUAUCUUGUGAGCCUCAUCAAUGCUCACUCACUGGACCCAGCAACUCUGUAUGAAGUGGAGGAGCUAGAAACAGCCACUGAACGCUACCUCCAUGUCCAUCCCCAGCCAGUGGCUGGAGAGGACCCCUCUGCCUACCAAGCCCGUUUGUUGCAGAAACUGACACAAGAGGUGCCCUUGGGACAGAGUAUUGCCCGCCGGAAGAAGUAGCUGAAGGCAAGGGCCCUGAUGAGGCCUCGUGGCCCUGUUCCCUCAGGAACAGCUGCAGCACCAAUAAAGAGGCAUAUUGCCCAGGC